CGGACAGACAUCUUGCAACAGAGUCAUGCUUCUUUCAGAAAACUACUGGAGAAAAUCCAAGUUGUGUACCUUUGAGAAGAUGCUGAAGGAAAAGAAGUGUCAUUCACAACUUCAAGAUGUGCCAAAGCACUUUAUACCAAUGAAGCACUUUUGAAGUGCAGUUACUAUUGUGUUUUUAGGGAAACAUGGCAGCUAAUUUGCACAAGACAAGGAGCCACAAAGAGCAAUGAAAUAGAUGUCCAGGAGAAGUGCCACAAUGUUUUUUACCUUCUGGAGAGACGAGGCUUGAUUUAGCAUCUCAUCCAAGAGACAGGACCUUUGAUAAUACAGCUUUCCCUCAGUGUGGAACUAAAGUGUCAGCCUAGGUUAUGUGCCCAACCCUCUGGUAGCUAGAGUGCUACCACUGAGUCAAGGCUGACACCGGUUUGAGGCCUUGAGCUAGCCUUUCUAAGGUGCACGAGAGUAGCAUGGUGACUUGCUCUUCAAUUUUUUUACCCCCUUCCCCCACCGUGGAGCUUAUCCCAGCAGCCUCCUCCUGUGAUUAGUCUCUUGUGAGGCUGUUCCUGGGCUGGAUGAAUGGAGAAUGCUUCUUGGUGUUUUAUAAAAAUUUGGCAUGGUUUCUUUAGAAUACAUCUCUCACUGCAACUGUCAAAUUAUUCCAUUUUACUGUAUACUGUCCAAUUUAAAUGAGCUGUUUUCUUUAUUUCUUUGUUUCCAGCUUGACCUGAGUGUUUUAAUAAUAUAGGAAUAAUGGAAUCUUGCUUAUUGUGUUAUAGAUUUAAGACUUUUAAGAUACUUGGUGUUUCAUUGUUUUUUGCAUUCUUUUAAAAACAGGAUUGGAAGCUUAUGGUAGACAUUUUGAUGGACUGGACAUUUUGAAAUUAUGGGGAAUGAUAUUUCAGAGCAUCCAUGACCCAGCUUUUAUUCAGGCAGUUGAUCAACUGAUCUACUUGCAGUGUGUAAUAUGGCUGGUUAGUAAUCAACUGGAUAAGAUUGAUGCUGCACUUCGCAUACUAAGAGACAGAGGUUCGCCAGGCUCUGGUUUGAAUGUGCAUUCUGAUGAUUUGUUGCAAUGCAUUAAAGCUGGAGACCUUUUAAAAGAUGGAAGUGGGAGUCAUCUUAUGUUGGUACAGAGUCUCAGCAGCCUUGGAGAGUUGAUUUAUACCUGUGCUCUGUUUAUUCGAGGGUUUCAUAAAAUGGAAGAAGGCAAUUACUUGGAAGCUGUUGAUAUUUUGCAGCAAGCAGCUGAGGGACUUUGCUCUAAAAGAAUUCUGGCAGAGAUCUAUACUCUGAUUGGCUACAGCUCAGCCCAAAUGGGUAGACCGCACACUGCCCUGCAAUAUUUUAGGUGGGCUCUACAAGCAGACAUCCAUUGCCUUUCCGCGCUGUAUCGUGCUGCCAUGGUGUACCGACAACUGGAGAUGGUGGAGGCUGAGCUUGAGGCCCUUAAUCAUCUCUAUGUGGCUUUGGAAAGUUGUGAUCAGUUUAAAGCUGGCAAUCAUGUUGAUUCUCAAUUUCUGAUCCGACCUGAACAGCUCACAAGGAUUCCUGCAACAUGUCAUCUGUUGACCGGUGUAAACCAGGUGCAUGUAAAACACACCCUUGCCAGAAGGUUUCUCCAGAUAGGAAGAGUUGAAGAGGCAGCGGAACAUUACCUUGAUCUACUGGCUUCAUUUCUGGAGGGAUCCCAGCAGGAAGUAUUUCUUGUAGCAGAUCACACCGUUCCUAGAGUUCCUGAAAUCUAUUUGGAAGCAGCAGUAGCUCUCCUGCAAUGUCAAAGGCAUAAUGAUGUCAUCACUGUUUGUGAGGAAAUUGCCAGCAAAAUGUCAAGUUUAAUUUCAGAAAAAUUGACAUUUGAAAUUAGAGUUAAUGAAUGGCUGCCUCGUAAUUGCUCAGAAGGGACUGAAAUCAACACCAGUUGUCAGAGCUCUCUUUUGAAUUGCUUCAGUGAGUCACAAACACUUUGCACAAAGAAGAAAGAAACCCUUAAUUAUAUUUUAUGGGCAGCAACUGCAUUUUUAUAUCAAGGACAAGCUUUUGCUCUCUUGAGAAAUAAUAAGGAGUCAAUUACUAAUUUUAGUCGGUGUGUAAAUUUACUUCUUAAAGUUCAAGUUGUUGGCCCUCCUGAUACAGCUGCCUCCGAUGUUCGAAAACAGCAAAUCCUAUCACUCACAACGAGCAAUGCCACAGGAGGAGUGCCUGAUGAUCAGCUUGAAAGCUUGAAAGAGAACAUGACGGAGCUUGAAAUCCUUCAAAAGUUGAAAUCAUUGGCUUUUACUGGGAAAGGAAUGCAGCUGGCAGAAAGAGGUCAGGACCGAGAGGCUUUGCAAAAUUUCCAGCUGAGUCUACAAGUUUAUCCUGAUAGUCGUGAAACCUUAUACCUUCUGGGACAACUACUGUGGAAACUUAAAAGGAAGCAGGAAGCUGUCUCUUUUUGGCUAAAAUCCUACAGUUCAGUGACAAAAGCAGCAGCAGAAAAAUUGCAGCAAGAGAACACCUUAAAAAAAUUCCCCAUAUUUUUGAUUUCUCACCUCAGAGAAAUAAGUACUUCGGAGGAAGAAGCUGUUUCUGAGAAGUUGCAGGAAUAUUGCAGCAGUCAUUCUGAAGAGAAUGUAACUCUACAAUUUCUGAGGCCCACGUCUUGUUCAUAACCUUCACAAACUAUCUAGGCCCAUCUCAAAGAAAACAAUGGAGGAUAUACUGAAUAAGCAACCAAAUUAAAUGAUAUCCAAGAACAGGCAUGGACUGCCUUUGCCUAAUUUGGCUAGGAAACAAACCUUUGCAAAGAUGGAAUAUUGUACUCCAUUUACCAGUGUUGAAAGAAUACUGAAAGAUUUCUAAUGUAAAGUUAUUACAGGUUGUUAAAGUGCCUGUUUUGUUGGGUUGAAACAAAGCUAUUAACUGGUUUAUUACAUGAUCCAUCCUAUUGGAGUGAACUAAUUUGAAAGAAUUCAUUACAUUAGCAUUUUAUUUGUAUAUUUAUGAAGUUCACAUGGCACUGAUGCAAAAGUGCAUGUUUAAAUGUUUCCAAGGAUGAAGUAUUUUGUACAAAAAUGUUGUGAGUAGAAAUAUCUCUGGAAGUCUAAGUAUCUUUUGUACAUAAACAAAUUUGACUUCAGAUUUCACUAAUAAGCAACAAGACAGAUUCAGCUUCUAUAAUGUUUUGGAAUUUCUAACUCUGCUACCACAGAACAUGGGAACAGACUCUAACAUCUUAAGCCUGUUGUGCCAUUCAUUUAGAUUAUGGUUGAUUUGUAACUCAAUUCCAUUUACCCAUCUUUGCUUCAUAUCCCUUGAUACCAAAAAUCUAUUAAUUUCAGUCUUGAAAAUUCCAGUUGAUCCAGCAUCCUUAGGGGAAGACCUUUCUGUAAUUUAAAAAAUGCUACCACUGAGCUAAACUUGACUUUUAAGAGGUUAAAUUCACAAUGUAGCAGGACUCUGAGAUUAGGAUUGGGUUUCAGAUGGAUUUUCUGAACCAGCGUACUAAAGACAAUGCAAAAGCAUUUUAACAUUCCAUUGAUUACACUCUUUGCUACUGUGACAAAUCUGUUCAUUUGAAUUUAGGGAUCAUUGCCAAAUUAGAUUUUCCUCUUCAACACAAAAACAAAAA